AUCUUUUUCAUUCUUUUUUCAGAGGUGACGAGUUACUGAUGACUGAGUUAAUAUUUAAUGGCGUUUUCAACGAGCUGACUGUCGAGCAAACGGUUUCCUUGUUAAGUUGUUUCGUGUUUCAAGAGAAAGUAAAUGAAAUGCCAAAGUUAUCGGAAGUGUUAGCAGGACCCUUACGUCAGAUGCAAGAUUCCGCUAGAAGGAUCGCAAAGGUCAGUAUCGAAGCCAAAUUGGAUGUAAAUGAGGAUGACUAUGUGGAAUCAUUCAAACCAAGUCUGAUGGACGUUGUGUAUGAAUGGUGCAAAGGAGCAAGUUUUUCACAACUCUGUAAAAUGACUGAUGUUUUUGAAGGUAUUUAAACUUACAGUGGUGUUU